UUCGUUAUAUAUUGAAAUCCCGUCUCCCUCAACUCUCAGACUCCCUCUAACCAUUCUGCACACUCCCAAGCUUCCCUUCCGUUGACCCCUUCCAGGUAAUUUCAUCUUCUGCGCUUAGUUUCUUGGUGAUGCCUUGAACAGUUCAGAGACAUGUCGGUCUCAGCAAAUUCAACUCAGCCGUCAACGGAGGGAAGGUUUGGGGAGAAUGGUUUUGAGUGUGCGGAAAUUCUCCCUGCAAUCAAUGAUGCUCAUGGAGGAGUCAUUGUAGAGAUGAAGAAGCCCAUGAAUCCUGACACUUUUGUCACUUUGCUCAGAUCUUCACUUCUGCAAUGGAAGCACCAUGGGAAAGAGGGUGUCUGGAUCAAAUUACCUAUUGAGCUUGUUAAUCUGGUUGAAACUGCAGUCAAGGAGGGUUUCUGGUUUCAUCAUGCCGAGCCAAGCUAUCUCAUGCUCGUUUACUGGAUUCCUAAAACUGGCAACACUAUCCCUCCUAAUGCUUCCCAUCGUGUCAGUGUUGGUGCUAUUGUCUUGAAUGACAAUAAAGAGGUGCUGGUAGUCCAGGAAAAGAGAGGUAGAUUCCAUGGACUAGGGUUGUGGAAAAUACCUACUGGUGUAGUGGAUGCUGGUGAGGACAUUUUCAAUGCAGCAAUCAGAGAAGUAAAAGAAGAGACAGGAAUUGAUACAGAAUUUGUGGAAGUACUAGCAUUCAGACAAGAACACAAGACCUUCUUUGGGAAAUCAGAUCUAUUUUUUUUGUGCGUGCUGCGUCCUCUUUCUUUUGACAUCAAAAAACAAGACCUAGAAAUUGAGGCAGCUCAGUGGAUGCCAUUCGAGGAAUUUGCUGCACAGCCUUUUAAUCAAAAGCAUGAGCCCUUCCAAUACAUAAACGAACUAUGCUCCUCAGCGGUACGAAGCAGCUAUGCUGGAUUCUCUCCAAGGCCUAUUUCUUCAUAUUUCAAGGAGCAGUUGAGUUUUCUAUAUUUUAAUAGUAAUGAUCUUCACAAAUCCUCUUAAGUCUUCUUCCCUAGUCAGUUUAUAGAUAAAAAGUUGAUAGUUAUAUGCAUUUCUUUCUUUCUUUCACGGACAAGUAAGUUCUCUUUUCCUUUGGAAGAGACGUUUAAUUGACAUAUCAAUUUGUUAUUUUCUUUUUUCCUGCUCU